AUGGGUUCAAAGGAGCUUGGGAGGUGGGUGUUGACGGGGUUGUGUGUUGAUGUGGCUCGAGGGAUGAGGUUGGCAGGGAGACGAUGUUCGCUGAGGUGCAUCAAAAGGCAGAGUGGGUUUCUCGAGGAAGGGUUGGGUUGCCGAGCGGGUGGGUCCGAAGGUGGUUUGGAAGCGGUUGGAGUGGAGGACGAGGAUGCGGGGCAGGCACAGGAAGAAGAGAAAGAAGGGGGCGGGGGGAAGAGAAAGAAGGGGAGACGAGGGGAGGCCGGAGCAGGGGAGAGGGAGAGGGAGGAAAGGGAGCGGAAGAGCCUCGAAAAAGAGAGGCGAGUUGAGCUCGAAAAGGAGGAGGCACGGCAGCGGGAGGAAGAGAGUAAGAGGCUAGAGGAGCAAAGGCCGGUGGAGCGCGAAAAGGAGGAGAAGCGGCAGAGGGAGGAGGAAGAGAGGAAGAGGGAGAAGGAUAGGCAGGUGGAGCGCGAAAAAGAGGAGGCGCGACAGAGGGAGGAAAAUGAGACGCUCGAGGAACAGAGGCAGGUGGAGAGCGAAAAGGAGGAGAAGCGGCAGAGGGAGGAAGAGACGAAGAGGGAGGAGGAUAGGCGGAGGAAGAGGGAGGAUGAUAGGAAGGUGGAGCACGAAAAGGAGGAGAAGCGGCAGAGAGAGGAGGAAGAGAGGAAGAGGGAGGAGGAUAGGCGGGUGGAGCGCGAAAAAGAGGAGGGGCGACAGAGGGAGGAAAAUGAGAGGCUCGACAAACAGAGGCGGGUGGAGCGCGAAAAGGAGGAGAAGCGCCAGAGGGAGGAAGAGACGAAGAUGGAGGAGGAUAGGCGGGUGGAGCGCGAUAUUGAGGAGAAGCGGCAGAGGGAGGAGGAAGAAAGGAAGAGGGAGGAGGAUAGGAAGGUGGAGCACGAAAAGGAGGAGAAGCGGCAGAGGGAGGAGGAAGAGAGGAAGAGCGAGGAAGAUAGGCGGGUGGAGCGGGCUGGAGGGCAGCGGCGUGAGGAUGGACCUUGUCACACGAGUGAGGGCCAGAGGGGCACGAGGGUCUUUCAACCGCAGUUGGGGCUGGGUGCCCGGGAAGGAGGUCGACAAGUGGUUGUUGGCGGCCAGCCAACAGAGGGGCAGCAGGGGAUAACGGUUCGUCGGGCAGCGGAGGUGGGUUUAGCGGGGUUGGGAACUGCGGGGGGACGGAUGGAAGAGGAGCUGGAGAGCGCGGCGAGUGCGCUCCCCGUGCAGAGGCGCCAUCCACGUGCGGCAGAGAAUCCCGCUGCGGUGCAGGCAGAGGAACUGGAGGAGGGUGAAUGGGUGGCUGUGGAGAGGCAACUGCAGGGACUGGAGAAUGCGGGGCCCCAGGUUUUCGAGGAGACGGAGGGAGGAUUUGAGGAGGCCGGAGACUCCAUUGCAGCUAGUGGCAGGGUGCUGACCACGUGGGAGUUAAUGCGGCGUCUGACGUUGGUGGCGAGGCUUCUGUGGUCCGAGAGCGCGACGAGCUCCUCCAAUUGCGUGCUGCUCUUUCGACCGCAGAAGCCGAGGCACGAGCAGCAGCAGCUGACACAUGUCGAGCAGCUGCUGCAGAUACGAGCGGCAGAUACGAGCGCAGAGGCAGCAAGGAUGCGGGAAGAGCGAGCAGCUGCGUUUGAAAAGAAGUGUAAAGAGACGAAGCAGCAGGAAGCAAGGUUGGCAGACCAGCGCAAAAAGGAGGAAGAAGACAAGAGGGUGCGGGAUGAGCAGGCAAGGGCAGAACGUGCCGAGAGAGCGGCGGGGAAAAAACGCAAGGCGGAGGAAGAGAGGAGGGUGUGGGAAGAGCAGGCAAAGGAGGCAGAGCGGGCCGAAAGAGCGGCGGAGGAAAAAUGCAAGGCAGAGGAUGAGAGGAGGUUGCGGGAAGAGCAGGCAAAGGAGGCAGAGCGGGCCGAGAGAGCGGCUGAGGAAAAACGCAAGAAGGCGGAGGAAGAUAAGAGGGUGCGGGAGGAGCAGGCAAAGGCAAAUGAGCAUAGGCGAGCACAGAAGGCAGCGGAGUUAGAGAAGUUUGAGGCUGAGCAUCAGCGGAUCGCGAAGGUUGCUGAACAGCAGCGGGCGGAGGCUUUGCAGCGGAAAACAGACCUCCAGGCAGAGCGUGAGAAGAUGAAGGCAGAGUUGGAGCGUCUUGCAAGGUUAGAGGAAUCUGUGUUGGAGGAAGAGGAGAGGCAACAAAAGGAGUUGGAGGCGCAAACGGAGAUGAUGGAAGAGGAGAGGCAACGGAUUGCGGCGGAGGAAGUGGAGGGGGCAGCAGGGCAAGGGCAGGGAGGAGAUGCGGAAUGUGGGUGGGCCGGGAUUUUUAGCGUAGUUCCGACGGCCCCCGGACAGCCACUUGAAGUUGUGGAUCUGGCGGAUGAUCGCGACGAGUCAUUAGAUCUGACAGUCUACGCUGAUUCACAGUCCCAACCGCCCUCGAAGAAACCUCGCAGAUAUCAAACGGCGCCCAACGUCGAUGCAGAGGCGGGGUCUGAAAAUGUUGCAGCGUCAGAGGAGGAAGAUGAGGCAGGGAAGGAGAAUCCUGAAGCGGUGUUGGGAGAAGCGGUCAAAGAUGUCGCGGAAAAGGAUAGCAUACCCGACGCCCUGGGCAAAAUGUGGGGUGUUACCAAGCACUUCAAAAAAAAGUGGGCUUUUUACACGCGAACGGGAGCGGAAGGAUGGGACGGUGGAGCUUCAAAAAUGUCACUGAGAAAAUUCGGGCAUGCGUGGACCGCGGCGAGCACUGGGAGAUCGCGGUUUGCGUGGGGAUUGGACAUGCCCUCGUCCAUGGCAGCACUGUUGCGGAGUCCCCCCCCCGCUGGUGUCAAGACCGCAGUCUAUGCAGCAGGGCUGGCACCAUCUCUCUACACCCUGUGGGCAGCUUCGACCGGCAUUCCGAAACAAGACUGGGAGGAGGGUGCUGCUGCGGCAGCCCGUGGCCCCUCAAAGCCUUGCCAGUCGAGCAGCGUCGAUUUCUCGCGUCGGAAUGAAGGCUCUGCUUCGAGUAAAGGACCGAGUGCAUGGUCGGAACGAGUGGGAUUCUACCAAAGUGAUAGUCGGCAUCCUAGAUCCCGAACCCACGGAUGA